AAUGUUUCGUUUUGGUAUAAAAACGUUCACCUGGGGCACUGUUAACCAUCAGUUGAUAAUUUCACUUUCAAGCAACACAAGUGCACCAGACAAAACAAACUCCAAUUCCAAAAUGUUCGCCAAAUUGCUGCUCCUUGCUACUUUAGCCGUCGCUAGUGUAAGUGCCAAACCAGGACUGCUGGCUGGUGCUCCCGUUGCUUACUCCGCUCCUCUGGUAGCUGCUGCUGCUCCGGCCGUUGCAUACACAGCCGGAUAUGCCAACGUUGGAGACUCCGCUGUGGUCAGCUCUUACAACUCUCAGGUCAUCAAUCCAGCUUAUGCAGCUUACAGCGCUCCGCUAACUUAUGCUGCCGCGCCAGCCUACGCUGCGCCUUUGGCAUACGCCGCUCGGGCAGCUCCAUUUGCCGCUCCACUGACGUACGCUUCUCCCCUAGCUGCCCGACUAGUCCUGUAAGUGCCAACAUUUUGUCCAACAGUUCUGAAAGUUGCUCUGAGAUGAUCUCCGGAGUGUAAUGAAAAGUGCAAUUGAAUACCGUUUCGAGAUGUGAAUAUCAGUGUAAUGAAAGUGUUUGUUAAACUUAUUGCGGAAAAAAUAAAUUUAUACAUAUCAAUGCUUUA